GUAACGUGGGCGGAACCUGUUUGUCUCUGUGUUGCCUUUAGGGUUGCCUCCUGAACGUUUUCUGAGUCAAGAUAACUUUCGCAGUUUGUUGACUGCACUCAUUUAAUCUAGUUGUUAAGAACAGUAUUAAUAUUUUUUUGCGUAUCGUAGGCUACUAGAAAAAUGCAUUCCGGGACAUUGGAAAGAGCUGGGUCACCGAGGAAAAGGACGCUUUCUCGGGGAGUGAGCGAGGAUGAGUCACUUCGUAACAUUAUCAAGGAGACGGAGAGUUCGACCAGGCGUCUGACGCACAGUGACAGCAGAGGGGGGACCCUCAAGAGGAGAAGUGGGAGUCAGCAGUCUGAGGAAGAUCAGGAACUGAUGGAACUCCCUGAGAUGAAUGACCUGCAGGCGAGCUACGACGAUGUGUUGCAGGAGCUGCGUGGGCUGGAGCUACAGCGGGAGACUCUGUUGUUCCAGGUGGACGUUCUGCAGGACGCCCUGGAGGGGGCCGAGGAGAUGCUGGCCGAGGCCCAGAGAGAGGCCAGCCACGCCACCAUGGAGUUGGAGCGAGAGAAAGAGGCUAAGAGGAAGUUGGAGGACAUUGUCAGUUCUCUGAUGCAGGAGGUGGAGAGGCUAAAAGAGGAGAGGAACACCAUAUCAGCAGUCCCAGUGUACACACUUGUCAAGGAGCAGGAGAGGGAAGAUGAGAUGGCUAGACAACAAGCCCAAGAGAUGAAAAUCAAAAAGGAAGCACAGGAACAAAUCAGGGAUGCACCAAGGGAUGAGGACAAUUCUCGCCAAGAUGCGCCUCUCUCUAUUAUCCGAUUGGACAGUGAGAGCCUCGGGCCCAACAACGGGCUAUCAUCUGAGACCAGCACUGGGGGGCUGCUCGCUUCCUUCUUCAAAAAGGGGAGGAGGGAGCAGCCUUCUGACAGCCCGACCCGGCCCUCUCCUCUCCACGUUGCCCGGCUGGUGUCCUCUGAGGACGUAGCAGAUGGGGCACAGGACAGCUUCACCAAGUUCACAAAGAUAGUCAACAAGACCUUUGGGCCGUUGGCACUCGGUAGCCAGACCCCCGGGAGCAAUCAGGAGGAGAACGGGCGUGACCUCUCCCCCGACAGGAACAAUGACACAGACAGCAUCAGCGCCUACGAAGACGCCUGCGCUGACAUGCCUGAGCUGGAAGAGGGUGACGGGCCAAGGCUGCCCCAUGAUGAUGCAUCCCCAGUAGAUGAUGAGGGAGAUCCGUCGAAUGGCAACGAACUCAAGAGCAUCAAAAACCCCAAUGAAUCUUGCAUUCUGUCGUAAGAGCUGCAGAACUGUUGUGCUACGAAGGAUCAAAUCUUCUCUGAGAUCACUGCUCUCGCUCCGUCRCUUUUAUUCGAAGCGACUUACGUGCAUCCAUUUUUUUAUUACGUCUUAUGUUCUUGGACCUGUACUCUCCAUUUACACCUAUAGAAGGGUAGAGUCAAUAUUGGGAGUUGUCUUAAUGCUACCAGGCAAGGUGGAAUUCCAGUCAUGUCUACAGACAACUCUAAAGCCAAUCUCUCUCCCUCAGCAUGUUUGGCACGACUUGCAAGGUUGCACUUAGGUGUCCCCCCCCCUGCUGUUCGGGACAAAAGGCAAAUGACCUCCCUCUGUUUCUUAGUGACUGAUAAUCACACAAGACUGUUUGCGUACACUGAACGAUCAGAUAUGUCAGACCUCUUGCAUUCUAAACAGGGAAACUAUGUGAUUCGUAGAUUAAGACGAUUAUAGUUGUUUUUAUGCUCUUAUAAGUUUAGACGCUGGCAAGAUUGUAAUCACAAUAGCAGGCAGCCAAGGAGCUAGCUACUAUAUAUUUGAAUAAUUCCAUGUAUGGGUAUAAAACCAUAAUGUUUUCACUGCCUCACUGGCCUUCACAGGGACAUUUAAUUUGAUCUACAAGAAGGACUUGGUGCCUUUCCUGGCUCACCUUAAUGCAUUUUAUGAAUAUGGAAGAUUAACUUGAAAGAUGUAAUACAUUUACUGAAUUUAAUCUAGCUUUAGUACGAUACUAGCAUGAUUGAAAAAGUAACGACAUUCCAUUUAAUAGUAAAACUUUAAGGAUACCUGAUAAUAAUGUAUAUGUACAGUAACAGUACUGCAUGCUACUUGUCAGGUCAUGUUUGCACAGUUGCAGUGAAACUACUGAAUUGGUAGACCUUACAUGUUAUUUUGUAUCUGGCAUUGCUGGACAAUGUAUCUUUUGUUUUUCUUCUCUCUACCCAUAACCAUUAACACAAUCUGAGGAUAAUCUUUUGACUUGGAAAGAGUUACAUAAACAUAUUAAUCUUCUUAGGAGAUUUUUGCAUAGUCCCAAAGGCACCUUGUUCCCUUUUUAGUGCAUUACUUUUGACCAGGGCAAUAUAAACGGAAUAGGGUGUAAUUUGGGACGCAUCCUUUAUCAACAUUCCUGUCCAUGUUUGACACUAGCGAGGUCAAAUGGAAUGGAUCUGUUUUCCAAUCCUUACCUUGUUGAACAUUUUCAACAGAUACUGCGUUUGAAAUGAACUUGGGGGCAAAACUUACAAUGCCUUCAACACUAGGUUUUGUGUGUUAGACUUUGUGUAUCUCAAGUCAGAAUGCAGCUCUUAGUAGUAGGGGUUAAAUGGAUGUCAAGUUCGAAAGCACACUGAAACACACUGAAAUAAUUCCUAAAUUUGAUACUUGUGAUUUGUGUUUUCUAUGCUGUUUCUAUUGCCUGAAUUUCUGUUUCUGCGGGAGAUAGUCUUCAGAAAGUAUUCACACACCUUGACUUUUUCCACAUUUGUUGUUACAAAGUGGAAUGGAUUUAAUUGUCAUU